AUGAAGUCUUCCAAACAAUUACCAAAAGUGAAUGCGGAUUUGAGAGAAACACCGAAAAGUUGUACUUUCAUAGAACAAGUCAACCACAGUCCUAAGCUUAAUGAUGUACCCAAAUUAUGGAGCAGUCUUAAAAAAUCAGACCAAUUACCUAGUGCCAGAACUCUUAUGAAACAACCAAGAGAAAGAGUUUCAGCUUCUGAAUCGAAUUUGCCUUUAAAAGACGUUGAAAUUGAAGAACUGUCUCGCGUUGAGAAAGAUGGACCUCAUGGUGAUGACAAAAGCUUAGUAACGCUCAGUUCUAAAAUGCAACGACAGAAAAUUGUCGAAGGUCUCGAAAUUAAAAAAUUACAAGGAAUUUGGAAAAACGAUAAGGCACGAAAAUGUUAUGGCUAUGAGAAUUUGCCUAAGAAAUCGAGACCUCGUUCACCGUCUCCGGCGGAAGAUGCAUUGACAAGACAGAUACGUGACAUUCAUACAGAAACGAGAAAAAGUGCUAGAAUAAUUAGAGAUUCCAGAGCAAGAUUACUUGAAAUACAGAAAAAAACACCUUUGCUAGAAAGCGAUAUUAAAGAAGUCGGUGAACGAAAUGAACUGCUCCUUCGAGAAAUGGAGCGUUUUGACAAACUAACUAAAAAUAUUCAGAAACUUGUAUCCGAGGAUAUUUCACAAAAGAAAAGAUCUAAGGAACAAUGUCAACAGAGAGAUUACACAGCCAGUAUUUAUGAUUCACCUGAGUAUCAUGAAAUGAGUAUCGACAAUCCUACAAUUUUUCUGGGUUGUUGCAAAAACUCUUCUACAAUAACAAGCGACCAGCCAAUUCGAAGCAAAUCUGAAAUUGACCUGUCAAGAAAAUUAAGUGAAAGUUACGAUAUGCAAGAAAAACUGGUUGCAGACAAUGCAGAUUUAGAAGUUAAGAGGUACAUCCUUUAUAAGGAAUUAAUGACAAAGGAUCAAAACUUAGAGACUUGUCGAGCUCAAAUCAAAAGGCUUCAAGGAGAACUUAAAUUAAUGAACAAAGAGAAUGUAAUCCUCCAUGAAAGAUUAAAUAGAAAUAGUCCUGAGGGUGAUGCUAUUGCUGUGAGCCCAGAUCCAUCAAAUGAUGAAAAUAUAAAUAUUUACACACAGGAGCAUCAACUAGGCGGUUUGGAAGCGGAAGUGCGUAAUAUCCGCGUAGAAAUGGCUGACGUGAAGGCCGCUGCGGCGACCGCUUGUCGUGGCGGCGGCGCUCAGAACACAUGCUUCCAACAACCGUGUGGUGUUUGUCCACCGUGUCCUGCACCAUGCAAUCCAAAUGCUCCACCGACUCCAGCAGAAAGAGAGGUCCAGAAACUUAGCUUACAGCUUCAUCAAACAGAAGAAAGUUUGAAAACUAAAAUCACAGAGUGUGCAAUGCUUCGAACAGAAUUACUUAAAAAAAAAGAAGAGCUAGAAAAAGAGAGAUGCCAACAUAGAGAGGUACAAAAUAAAUUAAGAGAACUUGAAAUGAAGUUUGAGGGCCUUACAACCCAUACGAAUAUGAUGCUGGGUACUAAAGAGCAAGCUUUCGAACAAGAAGUUAAUGUAAGAGCACUAAAGCAAUGCUAUAGAGAAGCAAGAGAAGAAAUAGAUGAGUUGAGAACGUUAAUGAAAGAACAGAAUAAUCAAUUGCAAGAUUAUAGGGUAAAGUAUUUGCAAGCGCAACAGCUCGUCGAGGAGCAACGAAGGCAGAUGGAUAUGAUGGACAUGGAUAAUACCAGAAUAAGUGAACAAAUUAAUUUGGAAAUACAACGUGUAAAGCUCAAGUUCCAAGAGAAACUACAAGAAUUAGCGCCUAUACCUGAUCUUUUAAAAGCAACGCAAAUGAAAUUAAAGGAUGCGCAGCAAUCACAAGCAAUAGCGGAGCACAACGCCGAGCAACUGGCCAGGGAACUAAAUUCCGCUAGAGAAAAGGUCCACGUACUGUUACAUAAUAGUUUGAAACAACCCGAGAAACCCCCAGAACGAGGCGCUGACGAAAAACAGAUGGCGCUACUACAACAAAGAAUAUCGCAACUCACUGAAACUAAUAUGUCACUGAAGAGUGAAAUAGAACGGCUUAAAGCCAACGUGAUUCGCAUGGAAGAAAGUGUACUGGCGAACGAAAAGCGUUUGCAGGAGAAAAUGCAUGAGUGCGCGCAACUUGGCGGAGAGUUAGACCGCGCCCGGGAUGAAGCCGCGCGUGCUCUACAACGUGCGAACGAACGUACUGACACUAUACGCAAAUGCAUGCAGACUACAGUGGGUGAGUUAGAAAGACAAUUGGCAUCGACAAGAGCCCAAGUCAAAACUGCAGAGAAAGAUCAGGAGGAAUUACAAUGUCGUAUGCAGUGUCAGAUAAAGAGAUUAAAUGAAAACUUCGAGCAAGCGCAGCUACGUAUAUUGGGUUUGCAAGCACAAGUGCAAACGCUUAGACGUACAGUUUCUAGUACCGGCGACGGUGAAGGCGAUAUGCAAGAAUGUGCUUGUAAAUCAAUGUUUGAUGAUCCA